UCAGCGCUGAUGCUGUGCGGCGGAACAUCGCACACGCUUGCUAUGGCGGACGGACUUCCCUACGUCUAAAUAAAAACGCAGCUCUCCAGAGAAAUAUAUUAAUCAACAUAACCGGACAACAAUUCAUUUCGUAUCUAAAGAAAUCCGAGUCAUUCUGGUCGAGGUGAAAUUAGACUGAGAUCAGAAUGACCAAUGAAGAACCUCUACCGAAGAAGGUUCGCCUUAGUGAAUCAGACAUGAAGACACUGACUCGAGAGGAACUGUGUACUCGGUGGAAGCAGCACGAAGCUUACGUCCAGAUGCUUGAGGCGAAAUAUGCUGAUUUAAAUUCCAAUGAUGUGACGGGGUUGAAGGAGUCGGAGGAGAAGUUGAAGCAGCAACAGCAGGAGUCUGCACGCCGAGAGAACAUUCUGGUCAUGAGGCUUGCUACCAAGGAGCAGGAAAUGCAAGAGUGUACAACCCAAAUCCAGUACCUGAAGCAAGUCCAGCAACCGAGUGCGGCUCAGCUGAGAUCCUCCACGGUAGACCCAGCCAUCAACUUAUUUUUCCUCAAAAUGAAGGCUGAACUGGAACAGACUAAAGACAAACUGGAGCAAGCCCAAAAUGAACUGAGUGCCUGGAAAUUUACACCUGAUAGCCAGACUGGUAAGAAGCUGAUGGCGAAAUGUCGCAUGCUGAUCCAGGAGAAUCAGGAGUUAGGCAGGCAGCUGUCUCAGGGGCGCAUCGCCCAGCUGGAGGCUGAGCUCGCCUUGCAGAAGAAAUACAGCGAGGAGCUCAAGAGCAGCCAAGAUGAACUGAAUGACUUCAUUAUUCAGCUGGAUGAGGAGGUGGAAGGGAUGCAGAGCACUAUCUUGGUACUUCAGCAGCAGCUGAAGGAGUCCAGACAGCAGUUGUCUCAGAUGUCCCAGACCCAAGGAACUUCUAGCGGAGCUGGUCCAAGCAAACCUUCCCCUUCGGCCGCCUCUGAACCUUCCCUUCAAAGUGAAGCAGCAAACACCUCCAGUUCAGCUGUGGGAAAAGACUGCGGAAGAGUAUCCAACGGACCCUCCAAUGGUAACUCGUCUCAAAGGGGUGCAUCUGGGUCCAGUCUGUACAGGGAAGCAAGCAGUGCAGAUGAAGAUUACCCACCAUCACCUUCUGUUUCCACCCCCACCCAUGGUGGUACAUCAAAACUUUCCCACCACUCGGAAGAUGCAUUAAGCCAGAGGGGCGGAGAAGGGUAUGUGACUCAGCUAAGCGCAGGCUAUGAAAGCGUGGACUCACCUACAGGCAGUGAGACGUCAGUGACCCAGCACUCGAACGAUACAGACUCCAAUGCUGACUCCCAUGAGGCCGCUGCUGUCUCCAAAGGCAGUAGGACUGCGGGUAUGCGGCACAGCUCUCAGAACGGCCUGGACUCGAGUGCAGCAACGGUUGCCACCAAAUCCUCCAAUGCCUCCACGGGGUCUGUUUUGUAACAUUCUUACAAUUUCAGUGUUUCGUUUUUUACGUAACUCAUGACAAACAAGAAAUUCACUUGAGGCCAGUUUGUUCUUGUUUGUGAAUCCGUCAAAUGCAUCUUUUUGUUCUACUCGACGUCCCAUCAUAACCCAUUUCAGUGCAUUUGAAACGUGCUCAAAGCCGAUUACGUUUAUUAAAUAAGCAACAUUAAAAUAAGUUUGUAUAUCUGAUUUUUUAUAAGUGAUUUUUAAACCAUUUUUCCUCUUCAGAGUCUGUUGAAAUAACAUGAACACCACUGAUUCUGUACUGUUCAUUUGCUCACUCGCUGGAAGCAGAAAUCCUUUAGCUAUGUGUGCUGUAUCAUAAUGCUCUGUUAAGUCUUGAAGCUGCAAGUUCGGAGAGUCCUUAGUUUCCUGAUGUUGCCUUUUUUGUUACUCUACAUGACGGGAAAACAUUUUUGUUUCACUUGUGUGUAGUUUGAGAUGUAUCUUGUUCAAUUCAGUUAAAUUCAAUCCUUUUCAUGUACUGACCAAAUAUCAAUAAAGAGUUUUAAUAUGACA